GUCGACGAUCACAUUUGAAUUGGCCGAGGCGUGACAAGAUCGCGAGCAGCGAGACGAUGACGACGCCCGACACCUCUGCGCGUACAAGCGCUGUCAGUGACACGGACUGGAUAUACGACUCGUCCGAGGAGCACCAUGCCAAGGCCGCGCAGAUCAUUCAAGCAGCGCUCGGGCAAAACCUGGCGCAGAUGGAGAUUCGGUUCCAAGGCCUCGCCAUCACGGCCGACGUGACGGUGAAUGCCAAGAACUCGCAAGAAAUCCCAAGUGUGUGGACGACCUUGAAAGGCAUGGUAACGUUCCAGAAGAAGCACGUCAUCCACAAGGAGGUUCUCAAGCCCAUGACCGGCGCGUUUCGCCCGGGCACGAUCACACUUGUCCUCGGUCAGCCGAGCUCGGGCAAAUCGUCGCUCAUGAAGAUCCUCUCGGGUCGCUUUCCGGUGGCCAAGAACGUGCACGUCGACGGCACGAUUACGUACAAUGGCCGGCCGCGGGCGGACCUGCUCCCUGUGCUACCGCAGAUUGUCGGGUACGUCGGGCAGCGCGACUUUCACUACGCGACAAUGACAGUCGAAGAAACGCUCGAGUUUGCGCAUGAGUGCUGCGGCGCAAAAACCCUUCCACGCGAGCUCAUGGAUAGCUUCCACAAGGGGACGGCCGAAGACAACGAGCGAGCCAAAGAGACUGUCCAAGCGUUCAUCACCAACUUUCCCAAGCUCGUGCUCAAGACACUUGGGCUAAGUCAUGUCGCCAAGACGAUUGUCGGCGACCAAAUGCUUCGAGGUGUCUCGGGUGGCGAGCGCAAGCGCGUGACGACCGGCGAGAUGAAGUUUGGCAUGAAGCUCGUCGAUCUCAUGGAUGAGAUCAGCACCGGUCUCGACUCGGCGGCGACGUACGAUAUCGUCAAAGCGAGCCGCACGUUGGCGCAUACAAUGCGCAAGACCGUCGUCAUCUCGCUCUUGCAGCCGCCACCCGAGGUGUUUGACCUAUUUGACGACGUCCUUGUGCUCAACGAAGGCCACGUCAUGUACCAUGGCCCUCGAACCAAAGUACUCGCAUACUUUGAGGGCCUCGGGUUCCACUGCCCACCGCGGCGCGACAUUGCCGACUUUCUCUUGGAUCUGGGCACGGACCAGCAGCGCAUGUACCAGACAGGGUCGUCGGCCAAUGUGCCGCGCACGGCGCACGAGUACGCGUCGAGCUUUCGCCGGUCGCCCAUCUACCAAGACAUGGUCACAUACGUCAACGGACCCACGGACGGCAACUUUUACGAGCGCCCGUUCCCGAAAUUCCGCCAGUCGUUUUGUGCGAGCACGGGCACCGUCGUGAAGCGCCAGAUGAUGCUCAUGGUCCGCAACACGGCGUUCUUGAAGGGUCGCUUCAUGAUGGUGCUCAUCAUGGGGGUGCUCUACGGCUGUACUUUCUACCAAAUGGACGUGACGAUCGCCCAAGUCGUUGUCGGCAUGAUCUUUUCGGCCAUCAUGUUUGUGGCCAUUGGCCAAGCGUCGCAAGUCAACACAUUCUUUGCGUCUCGUGCCAUCUUUUACAAGCAGCGCGGCGCCAACUUUUACCGCACGGCGUCGUACGUGCUCUCAACGUCGCUGGCGCAAAUGCCCUUUGCGAUCGGUGAGUCGGUCGUCUUUGGGUCGCUCGUCUACUGGAUGACGGGCUUUGUCAACGACAUAUCGGCGUUCAUCGUCUUCCUCUGCGCGCUCGUGCUCGCGAACCUCACGUUCGCGUCGUGGUUCUUCUUCGUGUCGUCGGCGGCCCCGAACCUGCUCAUGGCGCAGCCCAUGACGUUUCUCUCGAUCCUCUUUUACGUGCUCUUUGCCGGCUUUAUGAUUGUGAAGCCCAACAUCCCCGACUACCUCAUUUGGAUCUACUGGAUCAACCCGCUCGCAUGGUGUUUCCGCCUCCUCUCGGUCAACCAGUACGCCAACAGCGCGUAUCAGACAUGCAUCUUUGACGGCAUCGACUAUUGCAAAACCACGGGCAUGAACAUGGGCACGUACCAGCUCAGUCUCUACGGCUUUUCGGCCAACCGGAUAUGGAUCGUGUAUGGCUUCAUCUACAUGGCGGGCGCGUACUUCGGCUUUAUGGUGCUCUCGUUCUUCUUCCUCGAGUUCAAGCGCUACGAAAGCCCUGAGGGCACCAACGUCGUCGCCGAAGAGGAGCAAGCGCAGCAGGACGAAGAGUCGGGCUACGUCGAAAUGCCCGACUCGCCGGGUCCGUCCUCCGCGAUCGAUGUUGCGCCGCCACCCCCCCGCGUCACCCCCGUCACGCUGACGUUUCAAGACGUGUGGUACUCGGUACCUGACAAGAACGGUGAAGACAAGCACCUUCUCCACGGUGUCUCUGGUAUCGCCCGCCCGGGGUCCAUCACGGCCCUCAUGGGCUCGUCCGGCGCUGGCAAAACGACCUUGAUGGACGUCAUUGCUGGCCGUAAGACGGGCGGCACGAUCCAAGGUCGCAUCAAUCUCAACGGCUUUCCAGCGACAAAACUGUCUAUCAGCCGCGUCACGGGCUACUGCGAGCAGACCGAUCAGCACUGCGAGUCGGCCACCUUCCGUGAAGCACUCGAGUUUAGCGCGUUUCUGCGCCAGUCCAGCGACGUCUCGGAUGCUGACAAGAUGGCGUCCGUCGAGGAGUGUCUGACCUUGCUGGACAUGCACGGCUUGGCCGACACGAUCGUCCGCGGGUCGUCUGUCGAGCAGAUGAAGCGCCUGACGAUUGGUGUCGAGCUUGCUUCGAACGCCAGUAUCCUCUUCUUGGACGAGCCGACGUCGGGUCUUGAUGCGCGGGCGGCCUUGCGCAUCAUGAAGGGUCUCACGCAGAUCGCCAAGUCGGGCCGCACGGUCGUGUGCACGAUCCACCAGCCGUCGUCUGAGGUGUUUGAGAUGUUUGACCAGCUUCUCUUGCUCAAGCGCGGUGGGCACACUGUCUACUUUGGUCCGCUUGGCACUGGCAGCGCGCACCUCAUCGAGUACCUCGAGGCGAUUCCAGGGACGCCCGCGAUCCAACCCGGGCACAACCCGGCGACGUGGAUGCUCGAGAUCAUUGGCGCCGGCACGGCCUCGGCAACCGAGCAGCCCAAAGACUUUGCGGCUAUCUUCCACGAUAGUCUGGUCAAACAGUCGCUGACAGUGCUCCUCGACGCCGAGAAUGACGAGACGCGUCAGGAAAUGGUAUUUCGACGCAAGCGGGCGGCGCUGCCGCUCGUUCAGAUGCGAUUUGUGCUGCUGCGCUUUGCGCGUCUCUACUGGCGCACGCCGUCGUACACGCUCUCGAGCGUCCAAGUCAACAUUUUUCUCGCGCUGCUGUUCGGCAUUGUCUUUGUCGAUGCCAAGUACACGACUUUCAACGGGCUCAACGCCGGCGUCGGCAUCGUCUUCUUGGCCACGCUCUUCAUCGGCAUCAUGGGCUUCAACGGCGUGUUGCCGCUCUUCAUUGCCGAGCGCAACUCGUAUUACCGCGAGCGAGCGUGCCAGACGUACAACGCGUUCUGGUACUUUAUUGGCUCCACUGUCGUUGAAAUCCCGUACGUCCUGGUGUCGGUCAGCGUCUUUGUGACCAUUUUUUAUCCAUUUGUCGGCUUUACCGGCGCGGAGCAAGCCAUCUGGUUUGCUGUCUACCUCUUCUUGUACGUGCUCAUGCAAGUCUACUUUGGCCAAUUGUUGGCGUGCGCGCUGCCGUCGAUCGAGGUGGCGAGUGUCAUUGGCGGCCUCCUCAACUCGAUCUUCUUCCUCUUCAUGGGCUUCAACCCGCCGACGUCGCAGAUUCCGGCCGGGCUGCGUUGGCUCAACACGAUUGUUCCACCGAAAUACGGGCUCACGCUGCUCGUGACGACCGUGUUUGCAAAGUGUGAUGCGCCGGGUGACGCCGACCUCGGGUGCCAGCCUCUUAGUGGUAUCCCGCCAUCGUUCUUGGCGACGCGCUUCCACGGGCAAAAGACGCCCGUGACGCUCAAGCAGUACGUCGAGACCAUGUACGGCAUGAGCUACGACGAUCGCUGGACCAACAUGCUCGUGCUCAUCGGCUGCAUUAUCGUCUUCCGCGUGUUGGGCCUCGUCGCGAUGCGCUUUGUCAACCACCAAAAGAGAUAGAUGGCCUUUGAAGCGUCGGCAUUUUCACUCUGCAUGUGCCUCUAAACGAAAUAUACAUGUGAAACGAU